GGCACGGGCUAUAUCAAAUAAACGAAAGAAAAGAUAAGAUUCAUUUGAAUACGCAAACAAGAAAAAAAAACUUUAAUUCAAGUAUGUAGCAUUUUAAUUUACAUAACAACAAGGCCUGUAGAUAGAGCAGGUGGUGUUUAAAUUAUACUAAGUUUAAGGUUCCGCCAUGGCAAUCAAAGUGUUAAUAUCUCUGUUAGUUAUGACUAAUUUAGUUAACGGCAGAAUGGUGACAACAUUGAGCGGCAGAGUCAGGGGAGAACUAGUGCAGGAUGUGAACGCUACAUACUAUUCGUAUCGAGGGAUACCUUACGCAGAACCUCCAAUUGGCCACCUAAGGUUUAUGCCCCCAGUACCCCGACGGCCGUGGCCAGGCGUGCUGGACGCGCUGGACUAUGGGCCCGUGUGCCCGCAGCUCGACAAAGUAUACAAAAGAGAGCAAAUGAGCGAAGACUGCCUGAACCUGAACGUGUUUGUUCCGCAUGUUCCGGAGUGGAAGCCGGCGCCGUACCCUGUGCUGGUCUACGUGCACUCCGGAGAGUUGCUGAUGCUCUCGGGGGGAGACUACAUAUGGGGGCCGCAGUUUUAUGUGAAGCAGGGGAUACUAGUCGUCACUUUCAACUAUAGAUUUGGCGCGUUAGGGUUUUUAUCUCUUCAAACUGAUGAAGUUUCUGGAAACGCAGGCAUAAAAGACGCAAUUUUGGCGCUGAAAUGGGUGAAAGCCAACAUAGCGGCGUUUGGAGGUGACCCCGACAACAUCACUCUCGGGGGAGACAGUAGCGGUGCAGUCCUAGUUCACUGCUUACUGUUGACAGAGAAAGCAACAAAUCUGUUUCAUAGAGCUAGUAUGAUCAGCGGCUCUAUUCUAGGAUAUAGGUUCUUAAAUAGACACCCCAUUAAAUCUGCAAAGGAGCUCGGGGAAAAGCUAGGUUUUCAGACUGAGGAUUUGAACGAGUUGCUGCAAAGUUUGAGGAACGCGGAUGCGUACGACAUCGUCAUGGCACAGGGGAAUGAAUCUGACCACCGCAACGGUUUCCGACCGUACGCACCCUUUGUGCCCGUCAUCGAGCCUCCGUCGUCGCACGCUGUGCUCACGCAGCACCCCUUGCUUAUAAUCAAACAAGGAAUCCCCCAAAACGUACCCAUCAUAGCUGGAUUCAAUGCGCAAGAAGGAAUUAAGAUGCUCCCAAUAAUCAGAAAUGAUCCUAAAUUAGCUGAUUAUCUCAAUAACGAUUUUGAGCUGUGUAUACCGUCAGACAUUGAAUACCCGUACGGCUCGAUAGAGUCAAAAGAAUUGGCGCGGACAAUAAAACAAUUUUAUUUCAACAAUCAAGAGAUUACGAACGAUACGAAAGAAAACUUUGUGAACAUGAUAACAGACACGAUGUUCUCUAUCUCUGUAGACUCCUGGAUACAACUUCACAAAAGCUCAGGCAAAAGCAACAAAGUAUAUUACUACGUGUUUGACUUUGUCGGAGACUUGAACUGGUUUCGUCUGAGAUACGGCGAGGACUUCGCAGGUACUGCGCACAUGGACCAGGCCAGCUAUAUGUUCGUCACUAGAGCGUCCAGGCCUGUGCUAGAUACUGUGAGCGCAGAAAGUAAACAUACCAUGGAUGUUAUUUUACGUUAUUGGACCAAUUUUAUUAAAUACGGGAACCCCAGUGCUAUCAGCGACUGUUACGGUCAAUAUGAAUGGACUGACUAUGGGCCCGAUUCAAAGUAUUUAGCACUCAAUAACCAACCGCGAAUGGUAGACGGGAAGCCCAUACACGAGAGAAUCAGCUUCUGGCAAAGAAUCUACAAUGAGUAUGAGCAAUAUGUUGGCAAUGGAGGAAUAUUAGAAGCGAAACUUCCCUUACUACGCUGGUUGCCUCAUUGCAUCUUCACUUCGGAGCGCCAAGCUGACAUCGUUCAGAAACCAACCACCAGGAGCAUCAUAUUUAUCAUGAGACUAGUGAUCAACGUUGUAAUACUAGUUCUAGGUGCUACUGCAUCAAUUAGCCAUAAUGUGGUGGAAACAUUGAAUGGAGCCAUUCGCGGGAAGCUUGUAAGAGAUUUGAACGUGACUUAUUAUGCGUAUCUCGGAAUACCGUACGCGGAGGCGCCGACUGGACAGCUUCGAUUUAAACCUCCAGUGCCUAAGAAACCAUGGAAUGGAACAUUGGACGCCUCGGCAUACGGUCCAGUGUGUCCGCAAGACGAGAUGUAUCACAAGAGAAGCGACAUGAAUGAAGACUGCCUGAACCUAAACGUGUAUGUGCCAGCCAGGCCAGCGCUGGCCCCGACACCCGUGCUGGUGUAUGUGCAUAGCGGGGAGCUGACCCUGCUGUCAGGAAGGCCCUACGUUCUCGGACCACAGUUUUACAUGAAAUAUGGUGUGCUGUUGGUGACGAUGAAUUACAGGCUAGGAGCAUUAGGAUUCUUGUCUGUACAAACAGAAGAAGCGGCUGGGAAUGCGGCGUUGAAAGACAUAUUAUUAUCGCUCCAGUGGGUGAAGAAAUAUAUAUCUCAGUUCGGUGGUGACCCCGACAACGUCACUAUAGGCGGGGAGAGCUCCAGCGCAGUCUUAGUGCAAUACCUCACUCUAUCUGAAAGAUCCUCCAAUUUAUUCCACAAAGCCUCCAUCAUCAGCGGAUCCGCUUUAAGCUACAGGUUUUUCAACCGACAUCCCAUAAAGUCAGCUUUGGAGCUUGGUAAGAAGAUGGGAUAUCAUACGGAAGACCCAAAUGAGCUAGUGCGAAAACUACAAGAAGCUGAUGUAUUUGAUAUAAUAACCGCUCAAGGGGAUAAAACAAACAAGCGCAAUGGGUUCAGACCAUUCGCGCCGUUCACACCGGUGGCAGAGACACCGUCCCCACACGCCGUCAUCACACAACAUCCGCUACAAAUUGUCAAUCAAGGGAUCCCACAAGUUAUUCCAAUCAUAUCAGGAAUUACAACGCAGGAAGGUAUUAAAAUGCUACCGUUUAUACGACAAAACCCAAUACUGGCUGUACACCUAAACGAAAACUUUGAAUUGUGCAUUCCAUCCGACAUAGAAUAUCCGUAUGGGUCCCGUGAGUCUAAAGAUUUGGCAAACUCAAUAAAACAGUUUUACUUCAACAACGAAACCAUAUCGAAUACCACGUUGUUGAACUUUGUCAACUUGGUAUCAGACACUCAGGUCACCUACUCUACCGAUAGGUGGAUUGAGAUUUAUAAGAACAUGGCCAAUAGCGACAGGGUAUACUACUUCGUAUUUGACUUCGAUGGAGACUUGAACUGGUACAAGCUGUUCUCAAAGACCCAGUUCCCAGGGGCGGCCCACGCAGAUCAUUUGGGGUACAUGUUUGUGACGAACACCACCAGGCCACUGCUGCUCUCUGCCGGAGCGGAGAGCAAGCAGACCAUACAGGUGGUGCUACAGUUGUGGACUAAUUUUAUUAAAUACGGAAAUCCAAGUCGACUUACUUCGCUGACAUGCAAUAUUCGAGAAGAAUGGUCAGGUUGUGGAACGCAGCGCAACUACUUGGCUCUCAACAACCGUCCCUACAUGGUGCCGGGACCACCUUUAAGGAGAAGACUGCACUUCUGGCGUCAAGUGUACGCGCAAUAUGAUAGCUACGUGGCUAGAGGAGGUGGACUGGAAGCAAAGACACCUUAACACUUUUUUACGUAAAGUACAUAAGUAUUACGUGAACGUAUACAGGCAUAGGAAUGCAUUAAUAAAUAGGAAAAUAUGUUUUUACAAUUUAAAAACUUUGUAAUAAAGGUAAUUUGAGUUUUUUUUUA